AUGGAGGCACACAGAGAAAGACCCAAGACUGAGCUGGAUGAGUUGAAGAGGAUAGCUGUUAUGGAGGCAUGCUACCAGCACUUUGAUCCUGCAGCAUAUCUGCAAUAUAACUACACUCCACCCCGAGCAGACUUUGAGCGCAGUGACAGCAUUGUGCCAUGGAAACUCAACUGUCUGCACAGAGCCUUUACUGACGAUGAUUUAAGAGGAGAUGUUUUAGUGGAUGUGGGGUCUGGUCCCACCCUGUACCAGGUCAUGAGUGGCUGUGAACGGUUUGAGCGGGUCGUCCUGUCCGACUUCCUGGAGAUCAAUCGAAGAGAGCUGCAGAACUGGCUACAUGAGGGCAAGAGCAGUCUGGACUGGACAGAUUACUUCACAUAUGUGUGUGAACUGGAGGGACGCAGUUCAUCAGCAUGGGCAGAGAAAGCAGCACGUCUUCGCUCUGUUGUGUCUGAUGUUCUGCCCAUCGAUGUCCACCAGUCUUGCCCAUUAUCACCCGGGUCCCUGCCUCAGUGCGGAGCAGACUGCCUAGUGUCGUCUUUCUGUCUGGAGAGCGUAAGUCCUGACUUGCCUUCCUUCACCCGAGCCCUGGGUCACAUCUCUAGCCUGCUUAAGAAAGGGGGUCACCUGCUGCUCAUCGGUGCCCUGGGAGAGAGCUUCUACAUGGGCGCGCCGGGGCUGUGCAUCCCUGUGGUUCCUCUGGAUGAGGUUCAAGUGUGUGCCAGCCUGAAGGCCAGCGGAUAUGAGCUGCUGCAGCUGUGCAUUUACCACCUACCACCUGACAUGAAGGUGGGAGUCGAUGACGUGACUGGUGUGUUCUUUGCAAAAGCGAAGAAAGCUUAAACAUUAGGGUUAGUUCACCCAAAAAUGAAAAUUAUGUAAUUUUGUGUCAUCACUUUUGUGUGCCAUGGAGUAAAGAAAGUCAU